CAGUCAGAAUGGACAUUCUUCGUGUGGCCCUGCUGUGCACCUUUUUCUUCUUUGCGCAGGUUUGGUCAUUGCCAACCAACUGCGUCCUUAGUAAGGAUUUAAUGGAGGACUCCUACAGAUUUUUAAAUACUACGGGAGGUCUUUUCCCUAGUCAGUGCCUGGAGGAAAAGGUUGCCAUUCAUUUCCCGCAAAAUGCGUUCUACUCCGAAAAUACGGAUCAGGUUACUGGUGUAGAAAAGGCUGUUUACCAGACACUGGAGAAUAUUGACGCACUUUUCGAGAACUCCAGUGAUCCAGAGUUCGACCAGUGGGAUGAACAAAAGUGGAUCAAUUUUCGAGGCCUCAUAUACAAGCAGACUGUGAAAAGCAAAUGCAUCAUGAGAAAUUCUGAAGAGGCACAGGAUUUUCCCAGCAGAGAAGCUUCACUCAGGGUUUACUUCGAGACCUUAUCCUCAACUCUGAAAGAAAAGGAUUUCAGUUACUGCGCGUGGGAAAUCGUCAGAAAUGAGAUUCUCCGAACUUUGAAGUUCAUACUGGACGACACAACGUUAUUCAAGUCUUCAAAAUCCUAA